UGCGAUCCGCCAUCAAAACAAGAGAAGAAGAAGAAAAAAGCUAGCUAGCUUAGCUUUAACUAGCUAGCACGAUUGUUGCUGAAGUGAGAGGUUAUGCUAGCCAGUUGCUAAUAACCUGCAUUUAAAAACAUCAGACAAUAAGAACGACAUCUUUUUGGGAUGCUGAUUUUUCUGCUAUUGGAUAUGACCGAUGCACUCUACACAUGCCUGUCGCCCAGUCAGAAUGUUUACCUGGAUCAUUAAACUGGUCUGGUAAUUCACCUGAUCAGCUAACGGGCCCUCAGAUCCUCGGUGCUCGAGUUAAAGACAGACCGGAAUCCUCUACGCUCUGAAGGAGGGAGCAUCAAGCUCCAGGAUAAUCCAAUAAUUCACAUUCAUCAAAACCUCUCCCGAAGAUGUCACAUACCGGACCCCCUCCUCGAUGGCGGAAUUGUCCGAGAAGAGGUCAACCUGUAGCAGGUAAAUUCCUCCCCAUGAAAACAAUGUUGGGUCCCAGAUAUGAUGACCAAGUUGCAGAGGAGAACAGGUUUCACCCGAGUAUGCUGUCCAACUUUUUGAAAAGCCUAAAAGUGAAAAUGGGUUUGCUUGUCGAUUUGACGAACACAACUCGCUUCUACGACCGCAACGACAUUGAAAAAGAGGGCGUGAAAUAUGUGAAGCUUCAGUGUAAAGGCCAUGGAGAAUGCCCUUCGAAAGAAACGACGACUAUGUUCAUCAGGCUCUGUGAACACUUCAUGGAGAAGAAUCCCACAGAAUUAAUAGGUGUUCACUGCACGCAUGGCUUCAACCGGACAGGCUUUCUGAUAUGUGCGUACCUGGUGGAGAAGAUGGACUGGAGCGUGGAGGCAGCUGUAGCUGCUUUCAGCCAGGCUCGGGCCCCUGGGAUCUAUAAGGGAGACUACCUCAAAGAGCUUUUCCGUCGCUAUGGUGACGAGGAGGACACACCCCCUGCCCCUGCGCUCCCCGAGUGGUGCUUUGACGAUGAGGACAGCGGGGAAGUGGAUGAUGAUGGUAACGCCGUCGGGCAGGAGUCGGGCCCCAGCUCCUCGGGGUCAGCGCCCGGCAAACGAAAGAGAGAGAAAAUAAAACUGGGUGCAGUGUUCCUUGAAGGCAUCACAGUGAAAGGCGUCACACAGAUCACCGCACAACCCAAACUGGGAGAAACCCAAAGACGGUGUCAGGAGAUGGCCGAGUGGGACAGGUCUGGUUUUCCUGGUGCUCAGCCCGUAUCCAUGGACAGACAAAACCUUCGUUUCCUGGAAAAGAAUCCUUACAAAGUCAGCUGGAAGGCAGACGGCACACGGUACAUGAUGUUAAUCAACGGUAAAAAUGAAGUCUUCAUGAUCGACAGAGACAACACAGUCUUCCACAUAGCAAACCUUGAGUUUCCUUUCCGGAAGGAUCCACGAGCCCACUUAGCAAAUACGCUACUGGAUGGGGAGAUGAUCAUCGACAAAGUGAACGGUCAACCCGUCCCUCGCUAUUUGAUAUAUGACAUCAUCAAAUUCAACGGACAACCCGUUGGCCAGUGUGAUUUCAAUAUCCGACUUUUAUGCAUAGAAAAAGAGAUAAUUUCUCCCCGCAUGGAGAAGAUGAAGACUGGACAGAUCGACAAAACCAAGGAGCCCUUCAGCGUCCGAAAUAAACCGUUCUUCGACAUUCAUGCAACACGCAAGCUACUCGAAGGCAGCUUCACGUCCCAGGUCAGCCAUGAAGUUGACGGACUUAUCUUCCAGCCGUGUGGGAGAUACAAGGCCGGGAGGUGUGAUGACAUCCUGAAGUGGAAGCCCCCCAAUCUGAACUCUGUGGACUUUCGCCUCAAGAUCACCAAAGUUGGAGGAGAAGGGCUGCUUCCACAGACGGUUGGCUUGCUGUACGUCGGCAACUAUGACAGGCCCUUUGCAAACAUGAAGGCAACUAAAGAGCUGAAACAGUACGACAACAAGAUCAUCGAGUGCACCUUCGCCAGCAACACCUGGGUGUUCAUGAGGCAGAGGGUGGACAAGAGCUUCCCCAACUCCUACGACACAGCGAUGGCUGUGUGUAAAAGCAUCCAGGAGCCCGUCACAAAGGAAAUCCUCCUGGAGUACGUGGACCGCUGCGCCCCGGCAGUCCAAGAGCCAGCCCAGAAGCGGAAACACCCGCCAGACCCAGACUCUGAGCUAAUGCCCCCUCCCCCUCCAAAGAGACCCAACAGGUCAAUCCCGUAGCCCAUAAGCUGGGCUUCUUGGACUGCUUUACAGUCAUUCUUUACAUCUACACUACCAGCCACAUCAACAAACCCCAAAACAGAAGAUAAACAUAUCAAGGCUUUCUACCCUCUGCACAUGUUCAUCAUCGGCCUGUACUCGUAAGGACUACAGAAAACCUUAAACUGACUGCAUCACCGACAUUAAUUGACCUUGUAGACUUGUUUGUAGCUUUAAUUGCUGGUGUUCUUAUUAAAACUAAAAACAUGAUGUUUAGUUUAUUUUUUUGUUUUCUUAUUUAUCUUUUUUAAGUCUGAGCUAAUUGGUAAUUAUCAACAGGGAUGUGUUACGGCUGUGAAUAACACCUGGCAAUGAGUACCUUGUUUAUGUUUUGUCAAUUAGUUCCUUGUUUGUACUGAAGGAAGAGUAAACAUCUUGAAGGCUCA